AAGCGCCUUGACUGUUAGCCAUCGCCAUCACAACAGGCAGCAGGCCAUCUAUCUGGACUCCACAGUGUAACCCAGCCUCGUCCAGCCCUUUAUCUUAGUUUGCAAUCUUCUUGUGAGGUGUUGUGAUUGUGAAGGAAGCCAGCAGAGAGCAGAGACAUCCGUUUCACUAGCAGACCCACACCUUCUCCUGAUCGUCUAUUAACCAUGGCCACGAGAGAAAUCGUCGUCUGCGAUAACGGGACUGGGUUUGUCAAAUGCGGUUUUGCUGGUGCCAAUUUUCCUGAAGCAAUAUUCCCGGCUGUAAUUGGACGUCCCAUUAUUCGGUCGGAAGAAGCUAUUGGAGAUGUUCAGUUGAAAGAUAUCAUGGUUGGGGAUGAGGCAGCUGCUGUGAGAAGCAUGCUCCAAAUGGCGUAUCCAAUGGAGAACGGCAUUGUACGAAACUGGGACGAUAUGCUUCAUCUGUGGGACUACACAUUUCAAGAAAAAUUGAAGAUUACCAAUUACGCUGACCAUAAAAUAAUGUUGACUGAACCGGCAAUGAAUCCAAAGCGCAAUCGGGAAAGGAUGUGUGAAACGAUGUUUGAACACUAUGGCUUCAAUGGAGUGUAUGUUGCGAUUCAGGCCGUAUUGACCCUCUACGCUCAAGGAAUGCAAACCGGAGUUGUAGUAGACUCUGGUGAUGGUGUGACGCACAUUGUACCUGUGUAUGACGGAUACGCACUUCCUCACUUGAUCCGCCGUUUGGACGUUGCUGGUCGCGACAUCACACGGUAUCUCAUCAAGCUUUUGCUCUUGCGCGGUUAUGCUUUCAACCGAACGGCCGAUUUUGAAACUGUCCGUACGCUGAAAGAGAAGCUUUGUUACGUUGGAUAUGACCUAGAUUUAGAACAACGAUUAGCCAAUGAUACAACUGUUUUGGUAGAGCAGUAUACGCUACCGGACGGUCGCGUGAUCAAAGUUGGUGCAGAGCGUUUCCAAGCUCCCGAGGCUCUCUUUUCACCACAUCUCGUAGAUGUUGAAUCCCCUGGAGUUGCAGAGCUCCUAUUCAACACUAUCCAAUCAGCUGACAUUGAUAUCCGCCCUGAACUCUUCAAGCAAAUUGUACUAUCUGGCGGAACCUCUAUGUACCCUGGUCUUCCCAGUCGCAUGGAAAAGGAGCUAAAGCAGCUAUACUUGGAGCGAGUCUUGAAGGGAGACACAUCCCGGUUGAGUAAAUUCAAGAUAAAGGUCGCAGACCCACCGAAUCGUAAACACGCCGUUUUCUUGGGUGGUGCCGUGUUGGCAGGUAUUAUGCAGAACAGAGAGGCGUUCUGGGUAUCGAAGCAAGAGUGGCAGGAACAGGGUGUACGGGCCUUGGAUAAGUUUGGUCCUCGAGGAACCAUGUGAACUACCUUCAUGGAGUGCGUGUGAAUAGAUGAUAUCUGCAAAUGGA